GACCUUGACUUUAUAUCCCAUGUUAUUGUUUUGUUUAAAUUAAUAACACUCGUUGACGAUAAGAUAUGCAUUUCGAGUAUUUUUCAAUAAAUUCCAUCCAGAAAAGAUUUCACAUAAAUGAUAUAACAAUUAUUAUAUAAUUCCUGUUAGUGAAAUAAAAAACUGAGUGGAUUUAUUCCAAAUGGUUCUGCCAAAAACGUUUGUAGAAGGUUUUCACGAUGAAGAAGAGGUUAAAAGAAUGAAAUAUACUAAAUUCGGUAAUACCGAUAUGUACGUCUCUAAAUUAUCCAUUGGAACUGGUGGAUUUUCUUACUUUUAUGGUGAUUACAAUGUAGAAGAAUGUAAGAAAACUAUUUACAAAGCUAUCAAGAGUGGUAUUAACUAUAUUGAUACUGGUCCUUGGUAUGGACAUGGCACGGCAGAAGAAAUAUUAGGAAAAUGCUUAGAAGGUAUUCCUAGGAAAGCUUACUAUGUAGCAACCAAAAUUGGACGAUACGAACAAGAUCCGAAGCUAAUGUUCAAUUUUUCUUCGCAAAAAACCAAAGAAAGUAUUGACGUCACUUUGAAACGACUAAAAUUGGAUUACGUAGAUGUUUUGCAGGUGCACGAUAUAGAAUUUGCUCCGAACAUGGACAUUAUUUUAAAUGAAACACUACCAACUUUACAAGAGUUAAAGGAAGCGGGUAAAACUAAAUAUAUAGGAAUAACAGGUUAUCCGGUGUCAACUUUGGUUGAAUGUAUAGAAAAAAGCAAAGUUGAAAUUAAUAUGAUAUUGAGUUAUACACGGCUAACAAUGAUUGAUAAUACUUUGAAAUCUUUCAUACCAAUCUUAAAGAGUAAGAAUAUAGGAAUAGUUAACGCUGCGGCCAAUGGUAUGGGUUUAUUAACUAAUUCAGGACCACAAGACUGGCAUCCAGCUUACAAAGAAAUUAAAGAUGUUGCUUCUCAGGCUCAACAAAUUUGUAAGGAAAACGAUGUGGAAUUAGGUAAACUAGCUGUGCAUCACAGUCUUCAAGAGGAAGAUACUGAAACCAUAUUGAUAGGGAUGAAUACAACGAAACUAGUCGAUAUGAAUUUGGACGUCUUCUACAACGGCUUAACCGAAAAAGAGCAAACCGUAUAUAAACAAGUUAUAAGCUUAUUUGAUAAACUGACUGUGAGGCAUUGGGAAAAUGUGGAAUUGAAAAAUUACCGGAAAAUAAUCAAAGGUGAAGAUUCUUCGGGAUUCUUCACAACAAAAUAAAAAGGAAAUAUACAAUUUUAUAGUAAUAAAUAAUUUUGUUUUGUAAGCAACACUUUUUAGUGGCAUUCGAUUACCCAAUACGAGGAUUGUAUAAAAAGUUUCUAUCCUAACAAAUAAACAAGACAUUUUUGUUAUUAAAAUUUAAUUUUAUUUCCCAACGUUGUGUCCUAAAUAAAUACGUUUUUACCAGU